GAGAAAGGAAAGUUGCUGGUCCCCUGCAAAUCCUUGGGUUUCACUUUGGCUGCUGGGGAGUCGCAGUUUACGGAGGACAUGUCGGAUGCCGUGAGUGAGGCUGACUUCAGCAAAGUUAAGGACUACAAGCAUAUACCUGAAGCAGUUCCAGGACUUCAGACUUGGCUACUGCUGCUCUGUUUGGAGGAUCGAAUUGAAGCGGCCAACGAGUGGUGCCACGAGAUGGGUGCUGCGACUUUGGAGGAGGUCAUUGAAAGCAGAGAAGACCUUGCUGAUUUUCUCCAAGAACAUUCAACUCUAACGCCCGGAGAGAGGGAAGCGUUGCUUGAACGGGAUCGUUGAGAUUAAAAAGACGUCGAGACGGGAUCGUUUCACCAUGGUUUCAUUCAGUGAUGCAGAUGGAUGC